GCGUGGUUCCGAUCAGUCAAGCGGUGACUCCACUGAUCGAAGGAAUCUUUUUGAUAUCCCUUAAACCCCUCGUAUCUAUUUUCAAUCGAAAGGUUCGCAGGUUUGCAUCGUUGAUCGUUGACUCUCCAGGAUUUCCUGCGACGAGAAGAGCGCGACGGGUGAUCGGCGUUGCUUGUCGAUACGAAAAUUGGAUUAAGAACCCUGACUGACAGAGAGAACAGUUCAAAAGUCGUGCAAGGUUAUUUAUCUUGAGGAAUCUUAAAUGGCACGAGACGACAAAUGACUGGAAGAAUUCUCAAAAUUGAACUUACAAAGAGAAGAUUGUGCGAUUUCAUCCGCGUCGAAAUCUAUUUCAAAAAAUUCAAGGAAUUGUAGAAUUUCAAAAUAUUUCAAGGAAAACAAAGGAAUUGUACUACCUGGAAAUUCUAAUACAAAAGUGCAACGAACUGAAACUGCACGCGUAAUGUAAAUGCAUGCGUAAUGUAUGCGCUUGCAUUCCUUAUAUGAGUGAAGGAAUCUCUGUCCGUUUUCUUCGAACCCGUUGUUCUAAUCCGGAAUAAACUCGGGAAGAAAAAAAAAUUUGUAUUAAUUGAUUGAAGUGUGAGUGAAGCUAAUAUUUCAAAUUAAACAGAAACAAUCUCGCGUAAGUUCAGGAGAAAAGUGAGAACUGGUAUCGGCAUGUUCUAAAGAGGAGUGACGUUUACAUCGGAUUAUAAUUGACGUGAAUCAGCCGGCAAGUUAUAAGGUCAGGCCAUUGCGAUUGUAUUCCGGAUACUUUAUUAGAUUAGCACUUUCGACGAAAUUGAGGAAAUAAACAAUUAAAUUUCUUAAUAAAUCGCAAUCAUGGCGGAAAACUGGCAGAAUGAUACUUUAUCAACUUUUGAGUUUAAUAAUACAACGAUAGCCAAUAUGGUGACGAGUGUUACACCAAGGAAACAUGUGACAUUCGUAUCUCAGCUUGUAUUAACCUUCGUCUAUGUAACUGGCGUUGUUGGUAACGUGUCAGCUCUGGCUAUACUUUUUCAUCGGGACAAGAGAAGAAAUCGUAAGCAUUUGCUGAUGCUACGUUGUCUGGCAACCAACGAUCUCGCGGCGUUAUUGGGAAUGUUGGUGCAGAUGUAUGUUACAAUUUACGACGUGACGGGCUAUGUGACAUCUACAAGAAUAUUUUGUUCUCUGCGAGUUGUCUGGCGACUUUUUGGCCUCUUCAGCGGCUGCGUCGCCAUCGUCAUGGCGGUGGAGAGAUGGUUAGCUUUGACCAGACCCUUCGUUUAUCAAAAGCAGGUGACGUAUCCGGUAAUUGUGCGUUGUAUGUUGGCUCUUUGGUUGGUCGCAUUGGCAUUGACUAGUCUUCCGGUUAUGGGCUUCGGAUUGUAUUAUAAACCCAAACAAUGCGUACGUUACAGAGAGGCUACCGAGCCGAGUGAUAUCGCUUAUGCUUAUGUAUGGUUCAUUUUCGGUACUCUCUUGUGUUUAUCCAUUGUCUGGUGCAACUUGGCGGUUUCUAGAGCUUUGAGUAAAUUAAGUCGUCGCACAAUUGCCCUUAGGAGAAUCUCCAAAGCUUCGUCAAGAGCGAAACCUUUGCUGACCGUAGCUGGACCACCAGAUCCUCCGGAAAUAGUUGCCACAACUGAAGAGAGAGCAUUCGCAAGACUUAUGGCUGUAUUAUCGAUAUCAUUUGUUAUCUGUUGGAUGCCACACAUGAUUUCUAUUCCGUUGACUCAAUACGCAAUACGACUUAAAGCUACGGAUAUUUCAUGGAAAUUUAUUAGAAUCUUCCAGAUCAUGGCCGAUAUUCUUUUAUGCGUUCAUUUCACUCUGGAUCCAUAUAUUUACGUACUUUUACGAAUGCCACGACCAAGAUUCCGAUUGUUGAAACCACUGUGCAGGAUCUGCUGGCCAAAUCAAAGUCGUUCCGACUCAUUUACAGGUACAGAUCACCAAUUUAGCAGCGGUGAUCUGCCCACACCGAACACCGAGGCUCCUUCAACUCCAGUCAGUGAAGAGCACGAUUCGCAUCUGGCUAAAGCAUCCCUCUGAGAUCGGCCUACGCGAAUGAUCUUCCUGAAACGAUUGAAAAAUCAUGACGCAAUCCGCGCAUAAAAACAUUUUAAUCGCUUCAAGGAUAGAAAACAUUCGCCCAAUGUCUGAUCAACUCCGUUCAUUUGCACAAGGCAAGUGAAAGUGACGUUGAUUUUUCGUACACAAAAUCAAAAUUUAACUGUUUGGCAAAAAUUACUCGAAAAGAAGAAAAUUUUCAUUUGUAAAUAAAAAAUAUUGGAAUAUUUGCUACGUAAACUUCUAGUCAGUAACGACCGCGCGAGACUGAUGGCGGAAUACACAAUUGAUCGCGCUAACCAAAGUGUAAUGUAAUGGCUGGAUGAGAAACGUUUUUCUAAUACUAAAAAUUGUAAGUAUAGAAUGCAGAUACAAAUGACGAUGUCCUAGUGGAUAAUACGUUUGAAGAGAUAAUACGUUUUACGAGAAAUAUAAAAAGUACGUAUGCUCUUACAUCUAAAUUUAGUUUAGAAUAUAAAAUGAAAAGAUAAUUUUAAAGAUUUAUGUCAAUCGCAUGUAUUUAAAAUAUUGUCCAGUUUUGAUUGCAAUGUACCAUAAGAGAGAAUAUCUAUUCUACAUACUUCUAUGCUAUAUUCCGUGUUGUGUGUGCAAUUGCAACCUAGAGCGUAGGAAUGUCGUCGGUAUAUUUGUAAACGACUUUAUUUUAAACGAAUAUCGUUAUUUGUACAUAAUAUCAUACAUACAUGUGUUAAUGUAUUUUGCGUAUACCGUGCGAUGUGUCGCGGUAGCACUUGCGCUUUUAACAACUUUCAAAUAAACGUUAAUCUGAAAUUACCUAGAUCACGACUCACCUUCCGUUCCUCCAGAACAGACAUACAUUCACGAAUAUUCUCGUGUACAGAAACAAUAGAAUGCAAACGUACACAUUUCGCACUCUAUGCAGAAUCUAAAAUAUCGUCACGUCGCAGUAACCAAAUACAUUAUAACGAGCGAAGUAGCAAAGCGCAGCGCGAGAUAAAAAUCAAGAAUCGAAUGAAAUUAUAUGUAAUACGAGUACAAUUAUGUCGAUAGGCAGCUCGCUGUUCGCCACAAUUUCAAAAAUAAAUUACUUACUGUCGAAAAGUCGAAUCGCUCGAAAGAAAUAUAUUAUAUACUUCACAAAUGCAUAGUUUAACUAAUAUUUGUGUACAUUACGCGUCCCAAAUAGCAAGCUGACAUUAUUCGUCGUUAUUUUGGCGUCAAAAGAUCGUAAAAAAUGUUAUUUUGACAUCAAAGUAACGGAGAUACACAGGAUGUAACAUUAAUCGCUUGUAGAGAAGAUGUUAUUGUAGUUACGUUUACAUCAAUAUAUAUGUGUGCUGUAAUUUAUUUGUAUAUGUUAAAAAAGUAUGUUGAUAUCCGUGUAAAGAGAAAGACGUUGUAUAUACAUUUAUAUGUCUUCGCUAAAACAUUACGUUAAAUUAUGAUUUUCAAUCAGAUAUUGUAAGUACUUUUAAAAAACUUUUUGUUACAUUUAAUGUUAUAAAUAUAUAUUAUAUAAAAAAAAAAUAUUUUUUAAUGUAAUUUGCUUUUAAUUAUAAUAAUAGCCAAUUAAAUUUAUAAUUAAAAACGCAGCAUAACAUUUUUUCUCAUUCUUCGCGAUGUUUGUUACAUCCAUAUUUUGGAGCUUGGAGCUCGAUUCCUUGAAGAUCGAAGUUCUCCUCGAUUAUAUAUCAUUCACAAACGUACAUAUACAUAUACUUUUGUUGGUAUUGUUUUGACAAAAAAUUGAUGUAAUUCGAUAAUAUUUUUCUGAUAAAAUAUCCAUUUUAUGCAAUAAUAAUAAGUGCAUUUGAAAUUCUAGUUUUAACAUUACAACUGACAUAUGUACAUUAAAUAGAAUAGGCGAAUGGAAGAAUAGGAAAAACCGUGAAAUUGCAUAAAACGGUAAAUAUUUCUCGAUCUAAAAAGAUUCAUUUGUUUUUACGAAAUAAUAAGGCAUAAAAGCCGAAAUUGUGUGUGUAGUGUGAUAACAAAUUUACUCUAACACAAUAUCUGCAACAGCUAUUUUAUUCAACUUAUGGAAUUGUAUUCUUCUCACUCGAAUCAACUUAUUUUUAUAUCGCAACGAAUUAAAUAAAUACAACGCUAUGUAAAAAUCAUUGCAUUCACACAGAAUUGAAAUAAUUGUUUGGCCGUUGCAUUAAUCUCAUUUUCAGAUCAACAAAGGAUGGCAAAACGUUAAUAGCUACGCAUACACACGAUUUCUCGGUUGGUCUCGUAUACAGUUACUUUGAGGUUCAUUAUCAAUUAAUUAUUGUCAGGUAUGUUUAUAUUUUAUUUAUGUUGUAUGUAUUAUACGGUUAAUUUUUUAAAUCACUUGCAGUUGGAUGGACUUGUGGCAAUCAAUGUUGCACAUUUCUAACUUGUCAAAAUAGCAAUGCAUUCUUCGAACGCUUAUGUAAUUAGUAAUUAUAUAAAUUGUCGAACGUGGAUUCUUAUUAAAUAUUCUUCAGGCUCAUUAUCGAAUCCAUUCUUGAAUUAAAUGUGCUAUUAAAUUAUUGUAUUAUUCAGUACAACAUUGAUUGCGAAGUCUUGUAGAUUGCAAAAAAUAUAAACGAUCAAAUCAUCAGUAAUGGAGCUAUAAAGCUGUAAAACUUUAAUAAAAAUUUAUUUAUUUUA